AUGUCGCGUCCUCUCACUCCCCGGGGAGGUUCCCCCGACUCGGGCCUGACGCCCCCGAAUAAUCCCUUUGCUUCGAACCCUUUCGAUACCGACAACGAUUCCAGCGCUGUCGCUUCUCUGGCCAGCGAUUCCACCUUCACUGUGGAGCCUUCGCCUUUGGCGCGAGAGGUCUACAACGAAAAAGGCCACCAGCACUCGUCGUCAGACACAGACAUUGAAGCCAACCAUGUGCCGCCCGUCGUGUCCGACCCGGAGAAGGCCAACGAGAAGCACACGACGGCCCUCCCGCCUUCUACGGGCGAGUCAUUCCCCAAGCGUCUGUACAACCGCUUCCGCGCAACCUACUGCCCCAAGGAGGAGCCGCCUUUGGUGCUGCCUGUCUGUCCUAACGACACAGAGAAGCUCACCUACGUUCACACCAACCGCAUUCUACUCUACGUCUUUGGCGUGUUUUCGUUCCUUUCGCUCGGCGCUGGUAUGUGGUUAUUUGCGCUAUCUGCCCCGGCUUUCUACUGGUACGGUGUUUUCGCAGGUGCCAUGUGCAUCUACCUGUUGAUCUCGUAUGCCGUCGGUAUCAUUGGAAAGGACUGGGACUACAAGGGUCACCUGGAACUGGUGGAACGCUUCCCCAUCACCGAGGAGAACGCGCCAACGGUGGACAUCUUCCUGCCUUGCUGCUCUGAGCCUCUCGAGAUCCUGGAGAACACCUACAAGCACAUUGUCAAUAUUGACUGGCCCGCCUCCAAGCUUCAAGUGCACGUCAUGGACGACAGCGCUUCCCUCACUGUUCGCGCUCUCGCCGAACAAUACGGCUUCAACUACUCCGUUCGCGACGACCGACCCCGCCUCCGCAAGGCCGGCAACUUGAGAUGGACUUUCGCACGCACUAAUGGUGACUUCUUUGCCAUCUUCGACGCAGACUUCUGCCCCCGCCCCGAUUUCGUGAAGGAACUGAUUGUGGAACACCUGGGCGACGAUAAGACGGCCUUGGUCCAGAGCCCUCAGUACUUCCGAGUCACCGAUGACCAGACCUGGGUUGAGCAAGGUGCCGGUGCUACACAGGAGCUGUUCUAUCGUGUCGUUCAGGUCAACCGCAACAAGUGGGGAGCAUCAAUCUGUGUUGGAAGCAACGCUCUCUACCGUCGCGAGGCUCUGGUUGAGGUUGGCGGAACGGCCGAGAUUGGAUUCUCCGAGGAUGUCCAUACUGGUUUCGGCGCUGUUGAUCGUGGCUGGAAGGUCAAGUACAUCCCUCUCUGCCUUGCCACUGGUGUCUGCCCCAAUUCCCCUCGAGCCUUCUUCUCCCAGCAAAUGCGUUGGGCCCGUGGAUCUACCACGCUGUUGACCAACGGUCACUUCUGGGUCUCAAACCUCACCCUCAUGCAGAAGAUCUGCUACCUCUCAGGUUUCCUCUACUACUCUGCUGUCUCGCUUAACAUCUUCCUGGCCCCGAUCGCAGGUACUCUUCUGCUUGCCAUCCGUCCCGAAUGGUUCAAGUUCUGGAACCUUGCCUUUGCCAUUCCCUCGAUUCUCUACGGUGUUAUUCUCAUGCGCGUAUGGGCGAAGGCUAAGUACGGCUUCAACGUACAGCAUGUGGUGACAAUCCAGAGCUACGCCUACCUCACCGCCAUCAAGGAUCGCCUCUUCAACAUUGAACUCCUCUGGGCAGCUUCUGGUGACGCCAAGGCCCACAAGAGCAACAAGUAUCGCAACAUGCGAAUUCUGUGCAUUCUCUGGACUCUUGUCGUUACUGGUGCUAUGGUCGGUGUUGUCACCUGGCGCCUUCUCAACGGCUUCACGUGGUACCACCCACUGCCGCUCAUCAUCAUCAACGUUUACAACUUCUUCAUCAACCAUUACUUUAUGUUCUGCAACUGGUAG